CAUGUUCAGAGGAGAUAGAAACGGAAAUAUCUCUUUGAUAGGUUUUUAGAGAUACGGUAACAGAGUGUUAAAAAUUUUAUUUUUGGGUCUGAAGUAUGUACCGGAGUGUGGCUUCGGCCACUCCCCGGGGGGGAAUACCUACGGACAGCGGAGAGUAUGUGGUACGUCUUGAUCAAGUUCCGCGUUGGAGCGACACGGAACAGAGGUCCGCUGUAGGGUACGACAAUGAGGAUCCUUCCUAUCCUAAUUGGUACUUUUCGGAUCCUCUAACGUCUUCUUCCGGAGCAGAGAAUGGUUCUAGUUCCAAUGGGAUAGUCUCAAGGUUUCCUGUGAACCAUGAAAUCAACUCCAAGAUUUAUCUUUGGCGGGGAGAUCCAUGGAAUCUCGAGGUAGAUGCGGUGGUUAAUUCCACCAACGAGAGUUUGGAUGAAGCACACAGCAGCCCUGGUUUGCAUGCUGCAGCUGGACUUGGUCUUGCAGAAGAAUGUGCAACACUGGGUGGAUGCCGGACGGGAAUGGCAAAAGUUACUAAUGCAUAUGAUCUUCCUGCUCGGAGGGUUUUUCAUACUGUCGGUCCAAAGUAUGCAGUCAAAUAUCAUACUGCUGCAGAGAAUGCUCUGAGUCACUGCUACCGGUCAUGCCUUGAGCUUCUCAUUGAGAAUGGACUUGAGAGCAUUGCUAUGGGUUGUAUAUAUACGGAGGCUAAAAAUUAUCCUCGUGAACCAGCUGCACACGUGGCAAUAAGGACUGUAAGACGGUUACUGGAGAAGCAGAUGGAUAAAAUAACAGCCGUUGUUUUCUGUACUUCCACAUCAUCUGAUACUGAAAUAUAUAAAAGACUACUUCCACUUUACUUCCCUCGGGAUAAACAUGAGGAAGAAGUUGCAGUGUCAAAGCUUCCUGCAGAUGUUGGGGAUGAGAAUGGUGAGACAAUAUUAGAUGAACGGAAGAUCAGAAUAAAAUCUUUGCCUGCUGUAACUAGUUCAGCUCCUAAACCCCCUGUGGAUGUAGCAGAUCUUCCUGUCAGUGAUGUUGGAUUGACAAUGAGACGGAAUUCAUCCUAUUUGGAUUCCUAUCUGGAUCCUGCAUUUAUGUCCUUAAUUAAAGAUCCUGAUCAGAGGCGCAAGGAACAGUGGGAGAAAGCUGCUCAAGCACAGAACAAUUUUAAUUGUGCUAAAUUGCUUGGGUUUGGUGACCUUGGUGGCCCUCCUUUAUCUGCUGCUGAAGAAUACUCACUUCAUUCUAGAUAUCUCGCUAAAGCAAAUUCUCUUAAUGUUUCCGAAAUUGCAGAAAUGAAGAUUGUAUAUCGUGGUGGUGUAGACAGUGAGGGGCGUCCAGUAAUGGUUGUUGUGGGAGCUCAUUUUUUGCUUCGUUGUCUUGAUCUAGAGCGAUUUGUGCUUUACGUAGUAAAGGAGUUUGAGCCCAUAGUACAGAAGCCUUACACUAUUGUUUAUUUACACUCUGCAGCGUCCUUACAGCUUCAACCAGACCUGGGAUGGAUGAGGAGAUUGCAACAAAUACUUGGUCGGAAGCACCAGCGUAACCUGCAUGCAAUAUAUGUUCUUCAUCCAACGUUUGGAUUGAAGACAGCAAUUUUUGCUCUGCAAUUGUUUGUAGAUUCUGUGGUCUGGAAGAAAGUAGUAUAUGUUGAUCGACUUCUGCAGCUAUUCAAAUAUGUUCCUCGUGAGCAGUUGUCAAUCCCUGAUUUUGUGUUCCAGCAUGAUCUUGAAGUCAAUGGAGGAAAGGGUCUUAUUGUGGACCCCAGAACAAAAUAUGUAUAUCAGCGACCAUAGAGAUGUCAUUCACAGCAUAAGCAGGAUCUGAAUUUCAGUUAUUUGCUAUCUUCUCUGUUUUUUUUUUGUAGGUUGAGUUUGGGGUUUGUACCAUUAGUAGCUUUCUGCAUGGUUUUUUUCUGUAAUUUUUUCUUAAAAUUUAAUGUUCUUUAUAAUUUCAUAUCAUAAGAUGGAAUAAAUGUCUUUUCGUUUUUGUAUACUAGAUGGUUUCCUCGUCCCCCAAACUUUAGGUACGGGGAUAGUUGAAUGUUGAAGAUUGGUUUUUCUGACUUAUUAUGUCUGGGAAGAAAAAAAAGAGAAAUGUACAGGGGUAGAACAGGAAGUGGAUUAUAUCUUCUCAUUUAUUUGAUUUAUACUUAUUUGCUUUUCCUUGGCCUCAAUCUUCCCUUAUGUUGUGUGUGUGUGUGUGGUGCAGAAAAAAUUAAUGGAAAGUGAAUUUACCAGAAUGCUUUUGGUAUC